CUUUUCAGGGUCAAAAGGUGUCCGGGCUGCCCAAUUUAAUGCGCAUACACACUACAUCGGCUCUUAAGUCUUCUUGACUCGUUUUCAGUUAUGGUCUGCAAACCAGUUCAUACCCUGCCGCAUUGCAUGAAGAACAAGUGCGGUUUCUGAUGCCCAAAAUCAGUUGAUUUUUGCUUUGACUCUUUAAGUCUCUUGGGUAUGUUGUAUCUUUGGGAAAAAGAUUCAGUCUUGGUUGAUCAUUCUUUUCUCUUGCACCAUUAAAGCCUCCGAUGGAUAUGGAGCACUACAAUGACUGUGUCAAGACCAAGAAGAAACCAUCAUCUAGCGAGGAGGUCCAGAAUUCAUUGAGGCAAGAGAUAAUCCAGCUUGAGAAAAGAUUGCAGGACCAAGUUGCUGUUCGUUGUGCUUUAGAGAAAGCAUUGGGUUGUGGGUCUUCCUCCCAUAAACCCACAUGUGAAAGCCCCCCAAUUAAUAAGCCAACAAGAGAGCUUAUUAGAGAAAUUUCAGUGCUAGAGUUUGAGGUUGGGCACUUGGAACAAUAUCUCCUUUCACUUUACAGGAAAGCAUUUGAUCAGCAGCUCACAUCCUUUUCUCCUCCCAGAAGAGCUGAAAGACUGAAGUCACACCUAGGUGCUCCAAGAAGAAGGAUAGAUUUUUCAAAAGCAGAUGUGUCACUUAGGACAGGUCUGUCAGCAUGUAAUGCACAGAAAGAGAGUAAUCCCAUAGCUGAAGAAAAGAAAAGUGAUUUUCGCGUUCAACGAAGCCAUUCUUCCCUAUCUGUCCGCUCGGCUCGGCCAAACAGAGCCUUUACACAGGAUGAGGCACCAGGCAAAACUGUGCGUGCUUGUUACUCUCAGCCUUUGUCUAUGAGGGAGUAUGAACAGAGCACUUCAUCAAAGGUAAGCUGUUUGGGGCGGAAUAUCGCCACACAUAGUACUACUGAUCUUGCUCCAACGACGCCAAACAAGCUCUCCGAGGAAAUGAUAAAGUGCAUGUGCACUAUAUACUGCAGACUUUCUGAUCGGGCACUUACAACAAGUAGGCUGGGAGCUUCAUCUCCAACUACCUCAGCGUUCUCAUCACCGAAUCCAUAUUCUCAAAGUGACACAUGGAGCCCGAGACUUCGAAAUGACUCGUCCUUUGAUUUGCGUUUGGACAAUCCUUUCCAUGUUCAAGGACUUAAGGAUUUCAGCGGACCUUACAGCACAAUGGUUGAAAUACAAUGUAUACAUAGAGAUAGUCGUAGACUUUGCAAGAUUGAACCAUUGUUACAAUAUUACAGGUCACUUAUUUGUCAAUUAGACGAAACCGAUCCUAGUUUGUUGACUCAUGAGGAGAAACUAGCUUUCUGGAUUAACAUCCAUAACGCAUUAGUGAUGCAUGCAUUUUUGGCUUAUGGAAUCCCACAAAAUAGCAUGAAGAGAACUUUUAUUCUGUUAAAGGCUGCAUAUAAUGUUGGGGGUCAUAUCGUAAGCGCAGAUGCUAUAGAGACGUCUAUACUAAGAUGCCGAAUGCCUCGAUCCGGACAGUGGAUUCGCUUUCUUGUUUCUUCAUGGGGAAAAUUCAAAACAGGGGACGAGCGACAAGCAUUUGUGAUUGAACGUCCAGAACCUCUUCUGCAUUUUGCACUCAGUUCUGGAAACCAUUCAGAUCCUGCGGUUCGACUCUACACACCAAAAAAAGUGGUACAAGAGCUGGAAGCAGCAAAAGAGGAGUACACUAGAGCUACUUUCGGCGUGUCAAAGGAUCACAAAAUUGUGUUACCUAAGGUUGUAGAAUCAUUUGCAAAGGAUUCGGGAAUGUGUGCUGCCAAUGUGGUGGAGAUGGUCCAUCAAUCCUUGCCUGAUUCUUUGAGGAGGAAGAGCAGCAUUAUUUUCAAGAAGAGGUUUCAGCGGGGAAAAGGUCGUAGGAACAUCGAAUGGGUUCCUCAUGAUUUCACCUUUCGCUAUCUUAUAUAUAAAGACCUGGUAAGGUGAUUGCUCCACUUGUGCAGUUAUAGCUGAUUAAGGGGCUGGUUUUGCCAUUAUCUUCUUCAACUGCCCAAAUGAACAUAAAAUCUCCCAGUUAGCUCUUAACAAAGGAUAGGUUGACAUUAGUUAUAUAUAUAAUUGAUUUUUCUUGUUUUGUAUAUAAAAUAACAAGAUGGAUUAUUUAUAUGUUACUCAGUUGUUUAUAUUAAUGUUAUUUUGUAGUUAUGAAAGUAUGUCCUACAAGGAUACAUCUGCAUGUAAUUGUACGACUAAGAAAUGGUUCAUAAGGUCGUUUCAGUAGUAAUUUUUUAUACUAGUAUAUCA